GCCGCGCCCAUGCUGCCGGCCAUGGAGGUGGCUGAGGAGCCGGAGAAAGCUCCAGGCGGCAAGAGCAAGGACCCCAACACCUACAAAGUGCUCUCCCUGCUGUUUGGCGUAGGGGACACACCAGCAAAGACAAAACCAGGUUAAAACAGGAAAAUAUGGCUGGAAAAGCUAAAAAGACUUCAAGAGCCGAAAAGCCGGUGGAAGUAAAAAAACUUGCUUUUGUCACUGAAUUUGAAGUACUGUGGACUGAAAGUUUGUCUCCAAGUGCUGCUUGGAGUCACUUUCAGCGCUGGUUCAGAGGCCCCGGUGGCCAAAGCCAUUGUUAGCAGGUGCUCUGUGUCUGCAUGUUAACGACAAUCCUAGGAUGUAUAUUUGGCCUGAAGCCUAGCUGUUCAAAAGAUGUGAAAACCUGCAAAGGUCGUUGCUUUGAAAGGACCUUUGGAAGCUGCCGUUGUGAUAGAGAUUGUGUCAAGCUUGGAAACUGCUGCUUAGAUUACCAGGAAACAUGUAUACAACCAGCCCACAUAUGGACCUGUAAUAAAUUCAGGUGUGGAGAGAAGAGGCGACCAGAAUAUCAUUGCUCCUGUUCAGAUGACUGUGUGGAAAAUAAGGAUUGCUGUGUCAAUUAUUAUGCUGUUUGUAAAGGAGAGGCAAGCUGGGUCGAAGAAGAGUGUGAGGACAUUACUGAACGCCAGUGUCCAAAAGGAUUUACCAAGUCUCCAGUGUUACUAUUUUCAUUGGAUGGCUUCAGAGCAGAAUAUUUGCAGACUUGGGGUGGACUUCUACCUGUUAUUAGCAAAUUACAGAAAUGUGGAACAUACACCUCCAGUAUGAGACCAGUGUAUCCUUCAAAAACCUUUCCCAAUCAUUACUCCAUUGUCACAGGGCUGUAUCCUGAAUCUCAUGGUAUAAUUGAUAACAAGAUGUAUGACCCCAAAACAAAUGCAUCCUUCACGCUUAAAAGUGAAGAGAAGUUUAAUCCACAGUGGUACCAAGGACAGCCUAUUUGGCUAACGGCUAUGUACCAAGGUCUAAAAGCAGGUACGUUCUUUUGGCCUGGGUCGGACGUAGCAGUUAAUGGAACCUUUCCAAACCUGUAUGAAAAAUAUAAUAGCUCAAUCCCCUUUGAAGAAAGAGUGAUAACUGUUCUUCACUGGCUGCAGCUACCUGAAGAUGAAAGACCACACUUUUACACUCUGUAUUUAGAAGAACCAGAUUCCUCAGGCCAUAAGUUUGGACCAGUAAGCAGCGGAGUCAUUAUGGCAUUACAGAGAGUGGACAACAUAGUAGGGAUGCUGAUGGAUGGUCUCAAGCAAAUGAACUUGCAUAAAUGCCUGAACAUUAUUUUUAUAUCAGAUCAUGGGAUGGAAGCAGGGAGCUGCAGAAAAACAGCAUAUCUGAACAGCUAUCUGGAUGAUGUUCAACAUUUCAUGGUAGUACCUGGUCCUGCAGCUCGCCUAAGACCUAAUAAUGUUCCAGAUGAGUAUUUCUCUUUUAAUUAUGAAGGCAUUGUCAGAAACCUCACAUGCAUAGAACCAAAUCAGCCUUUCAAAGCUUAUAUGAAACAGCUGCUACCCAAGCGUUUCCAUUAUUCCUAUAACGACCGGAUUGAACCAUUGCACUUUUAUUUAGACUCCCAAUGGCAGCUUGCUAGGAAACCGCUUGAGAUUAAAAGCUGCAUAGGUGGAUUCCAUGGCUCAGACAAUCGCUUCCCCAGUAUGCAGGCUAUCUUUAUUGGUUUUGGACCAGGAUUCAAGUUUCGUACUCAAGUUGAUCCAUUUGAAAACAUUGAAGUAUAUAAUUUAAUGUGUGAUUUGCUUGAUUUGAAACCAGCCCCAAACAAUGGAACUCAUGGGCGCCUAAACCAUCUUUUAAGGAACCCUGUUUAUACUCCCCACCAUCCCAAAGAAACAAGCCAUCCUUCAGAAUGCUCUGUAGUAGGACAAAGAGCCUUUUCAGUGAGCCUUGGCUGUUCCUGCAGGACAGGGGGCUUGCCAAUCAGGGAUUUUCAUCAGCGUUUAAAUCUCACUGAAACAGAAGUUAAGAAGAUAGAGACACUUACUUUACCCUAUGGACGGCCCAGGGUUCUGCAGAAGAGACAUAGUUACUGCCUCCUUUACCAUUACCGCUAUGUGAGUGGAUACAGCAGGGAAUAUGGGAUGUCCCUGUGGAGUGCGUACACUGUUAACAAAGAUGCCAAAUGGGUUUCUGCUACAGAAGAUAUCUCCAGCUGUUUACACAAGGAUGUUCGUAUUUCUUUUAAUCAUAACCAGACAUGUUUGUUUUACAACAAUCACCCUCACCUAACUUACGGAUUCCUUUCUCCUCUAAAUUUCAUGAUAGGUGAAAAGAAACCUCACUAUGAUGCCUUGCUUACUAGCAACAUUGUGCCAAUGUAUCCAGCAUUUAAAGUGUUAUGGAACUACUUCCAUCAAUACCUGCUACCUAAAUAUGCUGCAGCCAGGAGUGGUGUCAAUGUAGUCAGCGGUCCUGUGUUUGAUUAUGACUCUGAUGGGCUCUAUGAUACCCCAGAAAGGGUGAAAAGACACCCCAGUAAUUCAGAAGUUCCAGUUCCAACUCACUUCUUCAUUGUGCUGACUAGUUGUAAAAAUACUUCUGAAACUCCUCUGGAGUGUGAAGGGUCUCUAGAUGCUUUGUCUUUCAUUGUACCUCACAGAGAAGACAACAGUGAAAGCUGUGCAGAUGGCAAGUCUGAGUCUGUGUGGGUUGAAGAGAGAAUGAAGUUUCAUACAGCUCGGAUCAGAGAUAUAGAAUUACUUACUGGUCUCAGCUUCUAUCAAGACAGAAAACAGCCAGUAUCUGAGAUUUUACAGUUAAAAACAUAUUUACCAACUUUUGAAACGGUCUGAUUUUUCCUAUGGAAUGUUGUUAUCCAUUUCACAACUGAUUUGUAAAUAGAUUGUUUUUAAUUAAUGUAAACUUUUUUUUAAAUAAGCUGGAACAUUUAUUGAGAACUCUUGACCAAAACGCCAGUAGGGAGGAGAGUGGGUGCCAUAUUUGUAUCUCAGGGACUCCUGAUGGACUAUGUAUGUAACAUAGGCUGGCAGCUCCUUUCAUUCCCAUUUGAAUGUGGUAGAACCCUGUCCAUUACUAAAUGCUAACAGCAUUUGAUCAUCAUAGUCUGAGACACGAACAAAAAUGUUAUCUUUUGUAUGCACUAGAGAGGGAGAAGUUUAUAAAGUAUGGGUUAUGAUCAAUAUUCUACUUCAAAAAUAUAGAUAAUUACCCAAUACAGUUCUGAGAAAUAACUACAUUCUUGGUGACUGUUGAAAUAUAAACAGCACCUCUCACUGCAGGUUUUCCUUGAGGUAUGAAUUACAUUCUGAGCUUUGGGUCUCAUAAAAUAAUGCAGUGUUAUGGUGCAAGAAGCUAUACUGAGGUUAGUAAAACUGGUAACUGGAACUUCCCCAACACAGAAAAGAGCCUGGCUAAAGGAGUUCUGUUACCUGGGAGGCCUUGGUAUGUUGCUGCCCUCUGGUGUCUCCAACACUGAAGGAGAAUUUGAUGGAUGUUGUAUAUGCAUCCUUGAAAUGAGCAGGUAUAGGAUGUAUCAAGUCACUGCAAAUCAGAAGAAAUUAAAUCAGGAAUACCUCUGAGCUCCUAGAAAUAAUUAUCUUUCUUCAAAUUAAACAAAUUUGAAAAGAUUUUGCUUCUUCAAAACAAAGAUGUCUUUUUCAAUUUGGUGCAUGAUUUUGUCAGCUGUGGUUUUGAAAUCCCAUUUUUGUCAAGAAAAGGUAAUUUUGCACUAAGAAUGUUGUCUUAGUUAGACUGCUAAGUUGAUCUUCUCUAAUUGCACAUCUCAUCACUACGGUAAAUGCCCACAGGCCAUUCAGUUGUCCGUUGGCAGCAAAUGAUGAGAUCCUAGCUGCAUUUGUAGCUGUUCUUAGUGCUACAUCAUCCAAAUUCCAGCUCACAUAAGUUACCCAUGUUGAAUGCAGAUGCUGCCAGAUGCAAGUUCUGAAGAAGCAUGUAAUGAACUUUCUUGGAAGCUUUCAGUCUACACAAACAGCUGCUACAGGCACUCAGGAGUGUAGGAACUCCCUCCUUUUCCAGUACACAUGCUAUCACCUUUGUAAUUCUCCCACUCUCUCUCUAAAGCUGAUGAGCCAAAAUUGGCUCUGUUACGUAUGAAGUUUGGCAUAGUCAAUUACACAUUUAUGUUCUUUUCAUUUAAAAAGAAGAAAAUACAUCAUGCACAAGUGUGUUAGAAGAAUGAAGAGCCUGUGACUGAGCAGAGAGGCAUUUUACCUUACAGCUUGGUCAGGGGAUGUUGGAGGCUGGAUUCAAAGCCUGCUGAAGUUGGUGGAAGCUUUUCCAUUAACUUCAGUUUGAGUGGGCUGAAAUCCUGGGACCAUUUUUUCUUUUAACCAAUUGUAUUUUCUUGAUCUUCUGUUACAAGCAUGAUUUUUUUUUUCCUAAAGUAGUUUCACUGUGUGAAAUUUAAAUGUGUUGUAGCAACCUCACAUUAUGAUAUGACUGUGACAGCAUUAUUCAGUGUAACUGCUUUGUAACAUUGCCUGUGACCAAUAAAAACAUCAGAAGUA